AUGCAAGAGCCAAACAUUGCAGUAAUGCAUCAAAGACAUCAGCAAACUCCAAAAUAUCACUCUCCUGAAUCACAUUUGGAUAAUUUUGUCAAUUUGAAAACAGUAGAGCCACCAAAGACUUUAAAAAAGAAAAAGCUAACAUAGGGAUUGUAAGGCAAACCAAAACCAUAGGCUCAAUAGAAUAAGAAACCUGCGCAAUAAUCAAUGUCUGUCAAGAAAUCAACCAAGCGAACUGUUUCCCCGAAAAAGAAGAAGGCUCACACAGUCGAUGUGAAGAAGCAACACAAAGUGAUAAAACCAUCAUAAUAACAAAGGAGAGAAGAAUUAGGCUUGGGUAAGCUUAAUGAAAAAUAAAUCAAACAACGAAUUAAAAAAAUCAAAUCAAAGACGAAAACAGUGGAACCAUUGUUGAAGAAGAAAAUCUACCAACCAAAUCAUGAGAUUUAGCAUUAUAUGACACAAAAGAAAGCGAUUGACAAUACAACUAGCAUGCAACAAUAAUUGAUAUCUCUAUUGGAAAAAUAAAGAAAAUUGGAGAAUCUGGCCAAGUUGAAUGAGUCUGUUAAAGAGAUUUUCAAAAAGUGUAAAACCUUGGAGAACUCACAACCGCAAACUCCUAAAGUGACGAUGAAGAAAAAGAAAAAUGACGACCCAAUGGAUAUUGAAUAAAGAAAAUAGUAGCCAAAAAGCAGAGAAAAUAGAGCUAAGUAAGAACCCAAAAAUCACCAAAAUAAAGACCAACUAAAGAAACAAUAUGACAAUCUUAAUUAAAGGUACCAUCAACUUAAAAAUCCUGAGCCAAAUCAAGGUGGAAAUGAUUAAUACAUCGAAGAAAUAGAGGAUGAAGAAUAGGAAGAUUAAUACUCAUAGAUUAGUGAAAAUUAAUUCACUUAGAUGAUAGUUGAUACUUUAUCUAAAAUACCCCCAACCAAAUUUUUGUUGGAAAAAAUACAAGAGAUACUUAAAUCAUAAAAUGAUUUAGACCCGAAUGAACUCACUGAUCAAGAUUAUUUAGUUUUAUAGUAUCAUUUUAUGAAUGAGGCUGCGACCAAAUUAUAAAGUGUUUGGAGAGGCUUCUCUAUCAGAAUGUAAUUACUCCAUGAAUUACAAGAAAUGUUGGAGUAAUAACAUGAUGAUGAGGCUUCUGAUCAAGAGGAAGAGCCUGAUGAAGAGAUAGAAACGCCAGAAUAUAUACCACCUAAAGUCUUAAUAAAAAAUGAUAAGAAUGUUGGUUAAUAGCAGUAAUAAAUGAAAGAUUAAUAACAGCAAUAAAAAAAAUAAAUCUAAGAAGUUGUCUAAUAAUAAAACAAAAUAAAACCAUAUCAGUUAUAAUAAUAAUAACAAUAAUAAUAGUAAUAGUAAUAGUAAUAGUAGUAAUAAAAGUAAUAGUAAUUAUAAUAACAGUAAUAGUAGAAACUUUAAUAAUAGUAGUAAUUAUAAUAGCAAUAAUAAUAAUAAUAAUAAUAAUAAUAACAAUAAUAAUAGUAAUAAAAAGAUUUACCAGUCUAAAUAAAAAAUAGAUUUGAUAAAAACUUAUCUGAUUAAACAGAGGAUCUAGUAAUUAUUUAGUAACCAAAUAGUCCUGCUAAUUAGGAAAUGUAUUUUUAUAAUCCUUUUGGAUAAAAUAUUUAAUAAUCAUUAGAAAAACAAAUUCAUUACUCGAAUAUCAAGAGUUCUGUAGUAAGUGAGGAAGAUCAAAAAAGUGCAUUAUCUCAUUCUGUAAUUUAGUAAAUUUAAUAAGAAUUAGAACUAUGGAAUAGUCAGAUUGAAAAUAUUAUUAAAUAAGGUCCAGAAAAGUAAGCAUUUGCAAAUGUAAAAUAAUAAAUGUCACAAACAAUAUUAAAUAUUGUUUCAUAGCAUAUGAAAAAACAGAAAGAAAUUAAAACACAUGAAAGAAGGGAUUCUGAAUAAUCAGUUGAUAUGAGAAUUAGAAGUUAACUAGAAGCUAAUAAUGAAAAAACCUUUAAUGAUGCUCGCAAAAGAUUAUAAAAGAAUCAUGAGUGCAGUGAUGAACGAUUAUAGCUAUCGUCUAAGGAGAACGAUGUCAAUCGAUCUUCAUUAAUGUCACUACAAUCUCAAUUAAUGAAGAAGGAAACAGAAUUAUUAAAUAUGAGGGAAGAAGCUAUCAAUUUAAGAUAUAAGGCAGAACUGAAGAAGAUGUAAGAAGAUCCAAUAAAGAAACAAGAAUUAGAGAAUUGGCUGGAAAAAGAGAAGGAGGAUUUGAGAAACACAAAACAAGCGAUUGAGAUUAGUAGAAAAAGAGAAGCUAAAGCAAUUUAAAAAAUACAAAGGGAUUUAUAAGUAGUGUAAACAUAUGAUGAAAACAAUCCAAAAUUAUAGAGUCUAAAAAAACAAGUUGAUGAAUAACUUUGCUAAAGUAGUACCAUAAAAUCCUAAAAAUAAAUAGGAUCAGAUAUCAAAAUUAUUAAUCAUUUUGAUGUUGAAUAGCAUGAUGAUCUGGAUGAGAUGCCGGAGACAUUUUCUGAGGAUUUGUAAAAUGAGAAUUUGGAUCAGAGGAACUUAAUGAGACAAAACAUAAUAGAAUCAGAUAAGUAAAUAGAGAUCUAUUAGACAUUAAGUGCAAUAACAAAUGAUAUCUUAGAUGAAAUAGUGCAAAAUUUGACAGAAGAAUUGUUGCUCAAUAAAGAUCAUUUCGAGUUUAUAAUCUCAAAUUUAAUUAGUCAAUCUGUAAUUCCUUAAUUGCCCACUUCAAUCAAAGAUAUUAAGGCAUACAUUAAAUAGUUAUUUUCAUAUGUAUUAGAGCAUCACAAAGAGGAAUUAAUAAGAAAUCUUAACAUACCAUAUGGAUUCACUCCUUUUAAAAGAAUGCAACUUAUACAUGGAUAUGACAAUGAUGGUGAAGAAGCAGAAGAUGAGUUCCAUUAGAAUGAAGAUGAUUCUUAAAUAGCAUUCCCUUUGGAUGAAAGAUUGUUCUAAGAAUUUGAGUCUUAUAGAUUGCAACUGGAGAAUGACCCUAGUGAUAAUGCUUAAUUUGGAAUGAAGGAGCUUGAACAUAUUCAUAACAAGGCCGUGUUUGAUGCAUGUAAUGAGGCUUUGAAUUAUGAAAGGCCAAACUUUCUAAAUUCUGGAUUGCCAUAUCCUUGGGAAAAUAAAUAAGAGAAAUUAGUUAUCAGAAGUGAAGACUUGGAUAUUAUUUUGAAGAAUAUGGAAGCUAAAGUGAUAAAUUGGUCUGGCACUCUCGGAGGAUUCUUGCCUAUAGAGGAUGAUUCGUAAAUACCAGAGGAAAAACAAGAGAUUCUAGAUGAAAAGAACUAAUAGAUGAUGAUUCAAUAACUGCAUUAAUUAGAAAAUCCAUUGUUGUUUGAUUCAUAAUUGUCUCAACAAAUGUUUGACAAUGUUGCCUAGAUUAGAGACGAAAGAUUAUAUAAAAUGCUCAUCUAAGAUAUUAAAGAAAGUGAAUUCCGAUGGUACUUAUUUGAAGACGAUAGAACCGAAUUUUUAUUGGAACUUGGAGACAUAAUAUUUGAAUAAUUAGUGGAGGAAAUGGCAUCAGAAUAACUCUAAUUAUGA